AGCUAGGAAUACAGGCGCCCACCACCAUGCCCAGCUAAUUUUUGUAUUUUUAGUAGAGACGGGUUUUCACCAUGUUAGCCAGGCUGGUCUCGAACUCCUGACCUCAAGUGAUCCGCCCACCUCGGCCUCCCAAAAUGUUGGGAUUAUUAUAGGCGUGAGCCACUGCACCUGGCCUAAUUUAUGUAUUUUUUAGUACAGACGGCAUUUUGCCAUGUUGGCCAGGCUGGUCUCAAACCCUUGACCUCAAGUGAUCCUCCCGCCUCAGCCUCCCAAAGUGUUGGGAUUGCAGGCAUGAGUCACCGUGUCCAGUGUUGUCUAAGAAAUUCUUUCUUAUGCUGAGGCCGUAAAGAUAUUCUCCUGUAUUGUCUUUUUAAAGUUUUCUAUGUUUGCUUUUCACACUUUAAUCUACUUAAAGUUGAUUUUGUAUUGGGUGUUGCUAAGGCUCCAAUUCCAUUUUUUUCACCUACAAAUGUCUAAUUUUUCCAGCAUAAUUUAUUGAAAAGUCCAUCUUUUGCCACUGAUCAACUAUACUAGCUGUCAUAAAUCAAAUUUCUAUAUAUGUGGGGUCAGUUUAUGGGUUCUGUGUUCUCUUCUAUAGGUUAAUUUGUCUAUCUGUGUCAAUACCAUGCUGUCUUAAUUACUCAAGUUUUUAAGUAAUUGUUGGUAUCUGGCAGGGCAUAGCCCUCAUCUCAUUCUUUUUCAGGAGUAUGUGGCCUUUCUUGGUUCGCUUAUUGAUAGAAAUUUUAGAAUGGCUGGGUGCAGUGGCACACACCUGUAAUCUCAGCAUUUUGGAAGGCUAAGGUGGAAGGAUUGAUUGAGCCCAGGAGUUUGAGACCAGGCUAGGCAACAUAAACGGACCCUAUCUCUACAAAAAAAUUGAAAAAUUAGCCAGGUGUGGUGGUGCACACCUGUAGUCCCAGCUACUCAAGAGGCUGAGGUUGGGGGAGGAUUGUUUGAGCCUCGGCAGUUGAAGCUGCAGUGAGCCAUGAUUAUGCCACUGCACUUGGCCUGGGCAGCAAUGAGACCCUGUGUCAAAAAAAAUUUUUUUUUAAGAAUCAUCUUGUCAAGUUGAAUCUAUUGCGAUAUUUAUUGGAGUUGAACCUAUAGAUGAAUUUGGGAUAAAUUGACAUCAUUGGCAUAUGUAUCCAGCCUUUCAAUCUUUGAACAUAAUGUAACCCUCUAUUUAGGUCUUAUCUGAAUAUUUCUUGAAUUUGUCUGCUUUGUAUCUACUUUUGUUGCUGGGUCAAAUUCUCAUUGUUUCUUACCUGGACUGUUGAAUAGCUUUCAACUCCCCAUCUUUGGUCUGUCUUUUCCAAGAGACAGCCUAGCAUAGUGACAUCUGAAACCAAACUUAGGGGUUUGAAUUCUGGCCCCACCAGGAUUGGGCAAAUUACUUAACACCUCCAUGCUUCUCUUUAAAAUGGAGGUAAUAAUAAUAGUACUUACCUUGUGAGAUUGUUAUGAAGAUUAAAUGAGUUUAUAUAUGUAAAAUAAUUAGGGUAGUGUCAGGCAACUAGUAAGUGCUCAAUAAAUGCUAGCAAUUAUUACUGUCAUAUAAAUUCUAGUAGCUUACCUCCAGAGCCUGUCCUCUAAAUUUCUAUCCUCUACUGAAGAGAACAUGAACUCAAGAUAUAUUUUAUAGAUAAAAAUGUAUAGGACUUGCUAAGGGACAUGAGGAUAAGAGAAAGGAUCAAUCUAGGAUGCCUUCAAGAGUUCUGGUUUGAAUAUUUUGUUGGAUGGUGUUGCCAUUUGCUGAGAAAGGGGGAUAGGCUAGUUAUGUUUAGAAUAAGAUCAAGAGUUUUAUAUUGGACUUGGUCCAUUUGGUAUCUCUGAGAGACAUCCAAAAGGCAGUGUUAGGUAGGUAUUAAAUAUGCAAAUCAAUAUACAAGUCUAGGCCUAGUAGACACAUUUGGGAGUCAUCAGAAUAAAGAGAUACUUAAAUGUAUGGGAGUUAAAUGAGAUCUUCUGAAAGUGUAGAAAGAGAAGAGCCAAAAAUCAAGUCCAGAGAUUUUGUAGAGGAGGAGGGUUGCCACAAGGGAGUUGAGAAGAUGUUGCCAGUGAGGUAGGAAGAAAAAUCAGGUAGAGUAUUCAGGAUCCAGAGAAGAGAGUGGUAAAUUUAGGAGUUACAGUUGUGUUGAGUGCUCCUGAAAACAGAAGUAAGAUGAGCCCUGAGAAGUGACCACUGAGUUUGGCUACAUGGAAGUCAUUGGUGACCAUGACAAGUACUUGCCAUGGUGUGUUGUAGUGAAAGCUGAACUGUCUUGGUUGAAGGAAUGAAUUGGCAGUGAGGAAAUAGAGAUUCUGUGUAUAAAGACUUUUAGUUAUGAAAGGUACAGAGAAGUAUAGCAGUAGUUGAAGGCGGAUGUGGGAAGACUUUCUUUUUAAAAGAUGGGAAAUACUCAAAUGUGAUGGUAUGCUAAUGGGAAUGAUCCAUGGAGGAAGAUUGAUGGUACAUGUAUUGGGAUAAUCAGAGGAAAAAGGUUCUUGAGAAUUGAGAAGGGAUGGGAUCCAAGUCUGUGGGUAAGGAUUAGCCUUUCCCAGGAGGAGGAACUUAGCCUUCGUUGCAUCAGGAGCAAAAGAGAAGAUGGUUUCAAGGGCAGAUAGGUUUGUAGGUUUGGUAGGGAAAGAAAAUGCUUAAAAAUGUAUGAGAGAUUUAAUUAAUUAAAUUGUACAUGAAGAAGUAAUUGCAGUAACAUGCAGACCCAUAAAGAAGAAUAUUCAGGAGAUCUUCACAGGGAUCAUAGACAGCCAGGUACUCAAUACAGAUUUGAUAAUAAAUGGUAGCAGCAUGGUCUUGACUAUUCAUCCACAGUAUAUCCCAAUCACGUUUGCUGAGUAGCCUAAUUAUAAAGACUUUUUUUUUUUUUUUUUUUUUUUUUGCAACAGAGUCUUGCUCUGUCACCCAGGCUGGAGUGCCGUGGCACAAUCUCGGCUCACUGCAAUCUCCGCCUCGGGGAUUUCAAGCAGUUCUGCUUCAGCCUCCUGAGUAGCUGGGUUUACAGGUGUGCGCCACCACGCCUGGCUAAUUUUUGUAUUUUUAGUAGAAACGGGGUUUCACCGUGUCAGUUAGGCUGGUCUCAAACUCCUGACCUCGUGAUCCACCCGCCUCAGCCUCCCAAACUGCUGGGAUUACAGGCGUGAGCCACCGUGCCUGGUUUUUUUUUUUUUUUUUUUGAGACAGAGUCUCACUCUGUCACUCAGGCUGGAGUGCAGUGGUGCCAUCUCGGCUCACUGCAACCUCUGCCUCCCAGGUUCAAACGAUUCUUGUACCUCAGCUUCCCGAGUAGGUGUGAUUACAGGCGUGCGCCACCAUGCCCAGCUAUUUUUUUUUUUUUUUGUAUUUUUAGUAGAGAUGAGGUUUCACUAUGUUGUCCAGGCUUGUCUCUAGCUCCUGGCCUCAAGUGAUCUGCCCACAUUGGCCUCGCAAAGUGCUGGGAUUACAAAUGUGAGCCACCCUGCUCAGCUAAAGACCCCUAUUUUUUAUAUGGGCAUAUUCUUAUUAUUUUAGUUAUUUAAAAAAAUAGUGUUUAUUAAGUACCUAGGAUGGCCAGGUCUUGUUGAUAAUAGGGUGACAAGACAAAGAAGAUCCUUGCAAGAAUAGAGCUUGCGUUCCUAUGGAAGAAGUACAGAGAAGAAACUAUAAACAGAUAGAUAAGGAAAUUUCAGAAAGAAGUGCCAUAAUGAAAAUAUAUGGAGUCUUCUUUAGGUAGAAUGAUGAGUGAAUGUCUCUCUGCAGAGGUACACACUUGAACACAGACCUAAAUAAUAAAAAGAACCACACAGAAAUCUGGAAAUUUAUUUAGCCUUCUGGGCAGAAAGAUCAGCUAUAUUGCAGAAUCUUUUAGUUCUUCCCCUACUUCCCCCUGCAUUUUUUUUUUGGUCCCAGCUACUCAGGAGGCUGAGGUGAGAGGAUCGCUUAGACCCAGAAGUUCAAGACCAUCCUGGGCAAGAUGGUGAGACCCCAUCUCUACCAAAAAAAAAAUGUAAAAAAUAUUAUUUUAUUAUUAUUAUUAUCAUUAUUUGUAUUUUUUAGACAGAGUCUCACUCUGUUGCCCAGGCUGGAGCCCAGUGGUGUGAUCUCAGCGCACUGCAACCUCUGCCUCCCAGGUUCAAGCGAUUCACCUGCCUCAGCCUCCCAAGUAGCUGGGAUUACAGGCGCCUGCCACCACGCCUGGCUAAUUUUUGUAUUUUUAGUAGAGACAGCGUUUCACCAUGCUGGCCAGGCUGGUCUCAAACUCUUGACCUCGGAUGAUUCACCUGCCUUGGCCUCCCAAAAUGCUGCAAUUACAGGUGUGAGCCACUGUAUCCAACCAAAAACUUUAAAAAUUAGAUGGUUGCAGUAAUGUGUCUCUGUGGUCCCAGCUAUUCAGGAGGCUAUGGCAGGAGGAUCCCUUGAGCCUAGGAGUUUGAGGCGGCAGUGAGCUAUGAUAGUACCACUACACUCCAGCCUGGGUGACAGUGUGAGACCCUGUCUCUAAAAAAUGAAGGAAAGAAGGGAGGGCCCAGGUGCAGUGGCUCACACCUAUAAUCCCAGCACUUUGGGAGGCUGAGAUGGGAGGAUCACUUGAGCCCAGGAUUUUGAGACUAGCCGGGGCAACAUUUUGAGACCCCACCUCUACCAAAAAAAAGAAAAAGGAAAAGAAAGAUAGAAAAGAAGGAAGGAAGAAAAAAGGAAGAAAGACAGAGUCUCACUAUAUUACUCAGGCUGGUGUUGAAUUACUGGGCUCAAGCGAUCCUGCGCCUCAGCCUCCCAAAGUAUUGGGAUUAUAAAUGGGAGCCACCAUGCCUGGCCUUUGAGUCCUUUUCAGGUUCUUUUAGUGAAAUCAUAGUUAAUCGAUACUAUCAUUUUAUUAGUAUGAGUUGUGCAAAUAUCCACGCAUAAGUGUUAGAGUGCAACACCUUUAGAAAUAUCUUUGGAGCAUCAGUGGGAGCUUUUGAUUAUUUAUUUUUCCCCUCAGGAAUGUUUUGAACAGUUGCUACUUAAUAUGAGGCAUUGAGUGUUGAUAAACAAGGAUAAAACUUGGAUAAAAUGAGUUUAUUUGCUUACUAUUUCCCUACUGCCUGAAAUAGUUCCAGGCAUAUCAGUGUUCGUAAUGUAUUUAUUGAAUGAAUGAAUAAACUCAUUUGUAAAUCCAGUAUUUAAUAGCUGUGUAACCUUGGGCACAUCAUUUAACAUUUCUAAUUACUGUAGCUUCAGUUCCUUCAGUUGGAAAAUGGUGAGGAGGAGACAAUUCCUCCUCCCUCACAGCAUUAUUGUAUGAAUUAAAUGGAAAUUUAUGUGCAAAAAAUGAAUCAUAGCAAUUGAGUUGAGGUAGAAGAGAGCAGAUGGACCCCAAGGCCUGGGGGCAAGGGAAGGAACUGCAGUCUGUCUGCUGAAUCUUUUAAAAAAGUCAAAGAGGCCAGGUGCAGUGUCUCCUGUCUGUCAUGUCAGCACUUUAGGAGGCUGAGGCAGGAGGAUCCUGAGAGGCCAGGAGUUCAACACCAGUCUGGGCAACAUAGUGAGGCCCUGUCUGUACACAAAAUUGAAAGAUGAGCCAGGCGUGGUGGUGUGUGCCUAUAGUCCUAGCUACUUGGGAGGCUGAGGCUGAGGUGGGAGGAUUGAUUGGGCCCAGGAGUUUGAGACUUGCAGUGAGCUAUGAUCACGCCACUGCUCUCCAGCCUGGGCAACAGAGCAAGACGCCGUCUCACUAUACAUAUGUAGAUAAAGGGAAAAGAGAGAUGGGAAGUAUGGUGAGAGAUGAGACUGGAAAGGUAAACUGGGCCCAGUUUUGAAGAGUUUUGGGAGCCAUGUUGAAGAGUUAGCACUUUAUCAUGAUUGCGUUGGGAAACCACUGAAGCUUUAUAAACAGAGAAGGGACAUUUCUAGAUUUACAUUUUAAAAAGUUACUCUGGCUGCAGGUUGGACGAUAAUGAUAAAAAGCUAGUUAUCAUGCCUGAGGAGGGUUGAGGCUUAGUAAACUGGGUGUCUUCUGCUCUGCAUAUCCUUAGAAAUACAAAUUUACUCUCUAUCUAUAAAAGACAAGGGGCAAAUAACAUUUCUGCUUUGAUUGCAUCAUCAGCUCUAACUGGUUACAUCUCUAGGGAAUUUGCUGGCCAUUUUAGAAGAAAAGGCCUUCCUUCAUCAGAAAUGUGGUCUGGCCGGGCACGGUGGCUCACACCUAUAAUCCCAGCACUUUGGGAGGCCGAGGCUGGUGGAUAACCUGAGGUUGGGAGUUCGAGAACAGCCUGACCAACAUGGAGAAACCCCGUCUCUAGUGAAAAUAGAAAGUUAGCCAGAUGUGGUGGCACACACCUGUGAUCCCAGCUACUCAGGAGGCUGAGGCAGGAGAAUCGCUUGAACCCGGGAGGCGGAUGUUGUGGUGAGCCAAGAUCAUGCCAUUGCACUCCAGCCUCUCACCAUUGCACUCCAGCCUGGGCAACAGAGCAAAACUUGGUCUCAAAAGAAAAAAGAAAUGUGGUCUGAAGGAGGAGAAAUGUUCAGAAGUCCUAUCACUUUUAGCAUAAAAGAGAAGAGAUGGUUAGAGCCUGUUUACCAUUUCACAGGACUAACUAUUCUGGUACUUUCAGGAUUUUCCUAAAAGUCAUCAUCAAUUAAAGCCUUAAAACACAGAAAACUAGGCCAGGCACAGUGGUUCACACCUGUAAUCCCAACAAUUUGGGAGGCCAAGGCGGUUGGAUCACUUAAGGCCAGGAGUUUGAGACCAGCUUGGCCAAUGUGGUGAAACCCCAUUUCUACUAAAAAUACAAAAAUUAGCCAGGCAUGGUUUACAUGGGAUUAUAGGAGUGCGCCUGUAAUCCCAGCUACUCGACAGGCCGAGGCGGGAGAAUCACUUGAACGUGGAAGUCGUAGGUUGUAGUGAGCCGAGAUAGUGCCACUGCACUACAGCCUGGGCGACAGAGUGCUACUCCAUUCAAAAAACAAACAAACAAACAAAACACACACAGAGAAAAAUAGAAAAUAAAUAAAUACACAGAAAAGUGUCUGUGCUUGCCUUUCAGUAAGGGGAAGAAUGAGGGACUAGAGAGAUUGUCCUACUUUGAAGCCAGGCAUGGUAGGGAGUACAGGAUGAGCAAGACAUAAGAACUCUCAAGUAUAGAGAGGUAAUAGUGAUGCUUGCCAGUGAAGAUGGAAGCCUAACUGCAAGGGGGAAGAAAGCAUGAGCUGGUAGACAUUUUGGAUCGGAAAAGAAGCUUUGAGGCUCAGCACUAUAAAGGGCUAAGUGUGGAUUCCCUUAGUCACAAGAAAACAAAACAAAAUAAAACUGUUGGUGUUUUCCCAGUUAUGCCAUACUAUGAUGAUAUACAUUUGAUCUUUGAAUACUGAAAUGGGAGUUCUAUUUUCUGUAUCAAAAUAGUCAGAUUCCCUUCAACAUAUAGCCUAUGAAUAUUGCUGCGAGUUGCCAUUUUUUGCCUAACUGGAAACAGUCAGUGAUUUCAGAAAUUUAAUAAAAGAGCCUAGUACUAAUGAUGCCACAGGUGAUGUUUUCAAUUAGCAGUGUUUUAAUGAGAUCUGUAGGCUGGUAAAUGCUAAUCCUAUAAUGUAUGGAAAAAAACUAAGAAGGUAGGCCUAUAUCUAGUAAAUCUCCUGAGGUAGGGCUUUGCUGAUUCAGAUUUCUUUGAUUAAACUUUUAAUAUCUUACAAGCUCCCUGGAAGUAAAUUUGUAUCUGACACAGAUAGUUUUCAGCUUCCAAAAUAAAUAAGGUUAGCAAAAAUUAGAUGUGUUUAGUGACUUUAUAAGCUAAAGGAAAAUAAAAGCACAUUUCUGGUAGGUAUAAAUAAUUGGUAGUUGUCAAAUAAUUCAGCAGAGUGGAAAUGUGAGAGACUGAAAGACUUGAGGCAAAAAAAGGGAAAUCAGCUCCAUUUUUUGGUAAACUUUGAGACGUACAUAAUGAAAUGUACAUCUGGUAUCUCGCAAGUGAUCUAAACUGAUCUCAUAAUCGUGCUGAAGAAAUAGAUUUGUAGUCCAGAAGCACUUCUUAAAGUGCUUAAAGAACAUUAAGCCCAGUUUUGACAUGUGGGAAACAGUUCCAGAACCAGUAUUCCCAGAGAAAGACUAUCAAAUGACAGGUAUCUCUCUCAGGGACAGCAUAAAAUCCAGAUAUGGUAUAGUUUUUUUUGUUGCUGUUUGUUUUUGAGACAGUCUCCUCUGUCGUCCAGGCUGAAAUGCAGUGGCAUAGUGUCAGCUCACUGCAACCUCCUCUUCUGGGUUCAAGCAAUUCUCCUGCCUCAGCCUCUCAACUAGCUGGGACUACGGGCUACAGUGAUGUCCUCGCAUUGCCCAUUUUUAAACAAGAAGAGUCGAGUUUGCCUCCUGAUAAUGAGAAUAAAAUCCUUCCUUUUCAAUAUGUGCUUUGUGCUGCUACCUCUCCAGCAGUGAAACUCCAUGAUGAAACCCUAACGUAUCUCAAUCAAGGACAGUCUUAUGAAAUUCGAAUGCUAGACAAUAGGAAACUUGGAGAACUUCCAGAAAUUAAUGGCAAAUUGGUGAAGAGUAUAUUCCGUGUGGUGUUCCAUGACAGAAGGCUUCAGUACACUGAGCAUCAGCAGCUAGAGGGCUGGAGGUGGAACCGACCUGGAGACAGAAUUCUUGACAUAGAUAUCCCAAUGUCUGUGGGUAUAAUUGAUCCUAGGGCUAAUCCAACUCAACUAAAUACAGUGGAGUUCCUGUGGGACCCUGCAAAGAGGACAUCUGUGUUUAUUCAGGUGCACUGUAUUAGCACAGAGUUCACUAUGAGGAAACAUGGUGGAGAAAAGGGGGUGCCAUUCCGAGUACAAAUAGAUACCUUCAAGGAGAAUGAAAAUGGGGAAUAUACUGAGCACUUACACUCGGCCAGCUGCCAGAUCAAAGUUUUCAAGCCCAAAGGUGCAGACAGAAAGCAAAAAACGGAUAGGGAAAAAAUGGAGAAACGAACACCUCAUGAAAAGGAGAAAUAUCAGCCUUCCUAUGAGACAACCAUACUCACAGAGUGUUCUCCAUGGCCUGAGAUCACGUAUGUCAAUAACUCCCCAUCACCUGGCUUCAACAGUUCCCAUAGCAGUUUUUCUCUUGGGGAAGGGAUGGUGCGUCCAAGGUUAACCAUUUAUGUUUGUCAGGAAUCACUGCAGUUGAGGGAGCAGCAACAACAGCAGCAGCAACAGCAGCAGAAGCAUGAGGAUGGAGACUCAAAUGGUACUUUCUUCGUUUACCAUGCUAUCUAUCUAGAAGAACUGACAGCUGUUGAAUUGACAGAAAAAAUUGCUCAGCUUUUCAGCAUUUCCCCUUGCCAGAUCAGCCAGAUUUACAAGCAGGGGCCAACAGGAAUUCAUGUGCUCAUCAGUGAUGAGAUGAUACAGAACUUUCAGGAAGAAGCAUGUUUUAUUCUGGACACAAUGAAAGCAGAAACCAGUGAUAGCUAUCAUAUCAUACUGAAGUAGGAGUGCGGCGUUUCGUGCCCAGUGGCUGCUGCUUCCUUCACCUCUGAAAACGGCCCUCUUGAAGGGGGAUAUGAAUGGAGAUUUGAAGGUCUGCAAGAACCUGACUCAUCUGACUGUGUGUGGAGGAGUCCAGGCCAUGGAGGCAGAAUCCUGGCCCUCUGUGUUGGCCCAAGCUCUUGUGGCACACACAGAUUACUGCCCAACAUGCAGUUCUGCAGCUGUUUUAGUUAAAAUUUCUGGACCUUGUUGUUGUUGAAUAUGAGUAGAAACUCUACAUAAUUUAGAGUGUAUGUAGGGCAUAAUGAUGAUGGGAAUUGUGUGAUGUUUAACAGGAAGAUCUUAAAUUUUGUGAUAUGGAGCCCUGUAAUUUUUUUCUUAUAUAAAAAUGGGUAUCUAUAUUCAUAAGACUAGGUCUUCAAUCUCUUUGUACUGGUCUCAAAUGUACUGGUAUCUCUGCUUUUUGCCACAGUUUGUCCCUGAAAACUUUAUCAAUGAGGAGAAAUACAGAGACAGAAUUUUCCUUUUGGUUCCCCUGUAAUACCACAACUAAUAGUAUUUUCUUUUUUUUUUUUUUUUUUUUUUUUUUGAGACGGAGUCUCGCUCUGUCGCCCAGGCUGGAGUGCAGUGGCGCGAUCUCGGCUCACUGCAAGCUCCACCUCCCGGGUUCACGCCAUUCUCCUGCCUGCGCCUCCCGAGUAGCUGGGACUACAGGCGCCCGCCACCACGCCCGGCUAAUUUUUUGUAUUUUUUAGUAGAGACGGGGUUUCACUGUGUUAGCCAGGAUGGUCUCGAUCUCCUGACCUCGUGAUCCGCCCGCCUCGGCCUCCCAAAGUGCUGGGAUUACAGGCGUGAGCCACCGCGCCCGGCCAACUAAUAGUAUUUUCAGCUAACAUUUAUUGACCAGGCAGUGUGAUAAAUUUUUUGAAUGACCAUCUUGUUUAACCCCCUAAUCACACCAUCUGAAGUAGGUGCUAUAGUGACCCCCAACCGAAGAUGAGGAAAUGGAGACACACAGUGGCUAAGUAGCUUGCUAGGUGCCAGGAGCUGGCAAGCAGUGAUGCUGAAAUCCAAACCAGGCAAUCUGGCCCUCCUUAUUCACCCUCUCAUACCACCAGUGCCACCCAUUAUAACCUGUGUUCACUUCGCUUAUUACUGUGGCCCUUCUGGUGACUACGACAUAACACUGAGUAUGAACUGAGGAAUUAACCACUGAAAGAGACAAAGCACACCUAAAUAAUGAUGAACAAAUCAAGACCUACAAAAAAGGAACACAUAGAUGCUUUUUAAGUGUCAUUAGUUAUCGGAAUCAAAGAAUUUGAGGUGGUGACAACUGGGGAUUAUCUGUAACUCCCCAGAUUUACUGUUCUUGAAUGACAUUCUCAAACUAUUUAUUAAUGAGUUAGUCUCAUCCCUGCUUUCUGUUUCCUCUCUCUGCAUCUUCUCUUGGCAUAGGAAGUUAUUUUACUCAUGCUGUGUUUUUUAAUAUAAGCUUUACAAAAAAAGAUGCAUUCCCUUCCUGUUCACACUCUUACCAUGUUUUUGUUCUUCCUUAAGAAUGAUUGUGUGUGUGUGUGUAAGUGUAACAUCAUGGGUUUUCUUUCUUCACUUGUAAAGUUUUAUCUAGAAAUACUUUUACAGGUUAUGUUGAGGUACACAAAGAUAAUAUUCUAAGAUUGUGUAUUGGAUUUGGAUUUGUGUGUGUGUGUGUGUGUUUAAAGCAUUUGAUAAGGUUUAAAUGUUUUUUAUACAGAGAUUUUUGUUCAUUAAACUCAAUCUGCAUCAUG